AAGAUGGCAGUCCACUUCUUCGUGCACUUGCAUCGUUUCCGAUAGCAGCAGCUAACCACUGAACAAGACUUACAUCACCAUGUCCGACGUGCAAAUACACACUAUCCCGAAGAGAGCGAGCCCAAGCGGCGAUGCCCCUGUGUUGAACAAGAUUUCCAGUCAAGUCACUCAGAACAAGGCCCGAGGUGCCGCACAAGCCAUGCUGUACGCGGUAGGCUUGACUGAGGAAGACAUGAACAAACCUCAAAUUGGCAUAUCUCCGAUUUGGUGGGAAGGCAACCCAUGCAACUCGCAUCUGCUUGACCUUGCGAAGGCCGUCAAGGAAGGCUGUCGACAGGAAGAGCUAGUCGGCCUCACCUUCUCCGCCAUUGGAGUCAGCAUCGAUGCCAUAACGAUGGGAACGGACGGCAUGCGUUACUCGCUCCCCUCUCGGGAAAUCAUCGCGGACUCGAUUGAAUCUGUAGUUAUGGCCCAGCACUACGACGGAAAUAUCUCCAUCCCCGGAUGUGAUAAGAACAUGCCCGGAUGCGCCAUAGCAGCUGCGCGCCACAAUCGACCCACUAUUAUUGUGUACGGUGGAACGAUCGAACCCGGUGUGCGGCAUGAAGAUUGUCCUGCAAUGGGUUACAAGAAAGGAGACCACGUCAAUGUCGGUGAUGCCUUCGAGUCUUACGGUGCAUUCACGGUAGGCAAAAUCACAGAGGCGCAGCGAUUUGAUGUAGUCAGACAUUCUUGUCCAGGUCCUGGUGGUUGUGGAGGCAUGUUCACUGCGAAUACCAUGAGCUCAGCUCUCGAAGUCCUCGGGCUUUCGCUUCCAUACUCCGCAAGUAUACCUGCUACUUACUCGGACAAGGUGAAGGAGUGCAUCAGGGCAGCUGGGUUCAUGAAGAAGCUCUUGGAGUUGGAUCUCAAACCAAGGGACAUCCUCACCCGCCAGUCUUUCCUCAAUGCAAUCACGAUCGUCAACAUACUGGGCGGUUCGACAAACUCGGUCCUUCACUUACUCGCCAUGGCCCGGGCGGCCGAUAUUCCCCUUACAAUUGACGACUUUCAAGAAGUCGCAGACCGUACUCCCUUCCUAGCCGAUCUCAAGCCAUCCGGAAAGUAUCUCAUGGAGGACUUCCACAAGGUCGGCGGUAUACCCAGUCUACUCAAAUACCUUCUCGCAAACACCAACCUCAUCGACGGCACCCAAAUGACCGUCACGGGCCGCACCCUUGCUGAAAACCUUGAGGGCGUCCCUGAAACCGAUUUCUCCAACCAGGACGUGGUGAGACCUCUGAACAAUCCGAUCAAGGCCACGGGACAUUUGACGAUCUUGAGGGGUGGCUUAGCGCCUGGAGCCGCUGUAGCAAAACUGACGGGGAAGGAGGGCACGAGGUUUGAGGGUGUGGCAAAAUGUUUUGACAGCUUGGAUGGGUUCUACCCGGCUCUGGCGAAUGGCCAAAUCCAACCUGGUAUGGUCCUCAUCUUCAGGUACCAAGGUCCGAAAGGCGCGCCUGGCAUGCCCGAGAUGCUCGGUCCGACCGGUGCGAUCAUGGGUGCUGGACUGGGCAAGUCUACGGCUCUCAUCACGGAUGGGCGUUUCAGUGGCGCAUCCAGAGGCUUCAUCAUUGGUCAUGUCGUGCCCGAGGCCAGGGAAGGUGGUCCUAUUGCGCUCGUGAAGGACGGAGACAAGAUUGUCAUUGACUCGGACAGACGUGUGAUUGACUGGGACGUCGAUGAGGCCGAGAAGGCAAGGCGCAGGAAGGAGUGGGAAGGCACAGAUAAGGGCCAGCUCAUUGUCAAGCGGGGCAUACUCUAUAAAUAUGCGCGGGAUGUUGCUCCGGCCAGUCUGGGUGCUUACACCGAUUGAAGGAAGUACAUAUUAAGGACCAUAUUACCUGUACGUAUACAUAGCCUGAAGUGUAGAUGUGACAAUGUCUGGCGAAAGAUUCGUGAGCGAUACUGUUAAGCAAGAUCUUAUAUCAUCGACGCGAGAGUCCACGGUACUAUGAUUUCGAUGGUUUACCGGCGUGCUUAGCAUAUAAAUCGUUCGCUGAUGUAACCUCCUCACCCUCCAUGACAUCCGCCAGUCGCUCUGCCCCGCUCGAUGAUCUCCUAUCAUCCUGAAAAGCUGACUCUCCUGGCUUACGCUGGCCAUUUAUCACGGCAGGAUCUGGAGGAAUGAUGAACGUCGUAUGGCCUGUCUUUUCCCUCAGAGCUUCAGCCUCGCGCAGGGCGACCCUUUCGGGAUCUUUACGCCGGGCAACUCUCUUCUUGUGCUGCUUGAGCAGCCACAUGGAGAAUAUGAUGAUCCAGGCUAAUCCUACGCAAGAGCCACAAACUAUGCCAGCGAUCAUUGGGGUUUCCGCCUUCGGUCGAACAGACGGAGUGGAGCUCUCUGCGGCAAAGACGUUAGACGGAGGAAGGGUAGCAUAUGGUGUGGUAGGCAUCUCAGGAGCUCGUACGCCAAAGUAGCUGGAGUCCUGACAUGAAAGAGGCCCUGUGUAUGCUGUUGGUGGCAGAAUCAUAGCAUAAUCGUUUCCAAUACCCCCUCUUUGUGUCUUAAAGCGGAAGCUGAGCUAUAUAGGUCAGGACCAGAGUAGGUGAGACCGUG